AUGCUACCCCUCGGUCUACUGAACGCGGCCCAAGGCCACCCCAUGCUGGUCGAGCUCAAGAACGGCGAGACUCUUAACGGUCACCUGGUUUCCUGCGACACAUGGAUGAACCUCACACUGAAGGAGGUGGUGCAGACAAGUCCGGAGGGCGAUCGAUUCGUGCGGUUACCGGAGGUUUACGUUAAGGGAAACAACAUCAAAUAUCUUAGAGUGCCCGACGAGAUUAUCGACCAGGUCAGCGAGUCACAGAAGGGCCAGCAAGGCGGUUUCCGAGACGGACGAGGAGGACAAUCAAGAGGUGAUCACAGCGGACGUGGUGACCGUGGACGGGGUCGUGGUGGUAGAGGCCGAGGACGGGGACGAGGUCAAUAA